AUGCCAAUCUUCACAUGGAACGCCGAGCAUCAGUUUCUGCACGUCCGCGACCAAUUUAUAGCUAAAGUACAGCUCGAGAUUGAUGCCAUUAUGACCCGCAAUGAGACUUCGCCCUUCCGCUUAGCCCUAGCCUAUGACAACCUCACCGACCUUAUUUACGAGGUACGUGUUGUUGAAAAUGCUAGCGUCACUAUGUAUAGGGAGAUGCCACAAUGCCGUACCGUGCGCGAUGGACAUGGCUAUUACGGGUACAAUUCCGAGUUCCUGUGGAAGAUCCGCCAGCUUCAGGGCCAUUUAGUUGUACUUAAGAAUAGCCUCCACAAUAUAUUUGACGACUGGCAUUGUAUUUCGCGCCAGGUCGGGGCUGUGGGACAGUGCUUAGACCUUUAG